GCUGAUAGUGAAAGAUCUCUGUCCCCCGGUGAUAUCCCUGGUGCUCUCGCCGGGCUCGGGGCUUUUCAUGGCCGUCUUAGUCCAAAUGACCAUCGCUGGGAAAAGCUUUAUAGGACGAAACAUGGAAAUUACUCUGGCCGCAAACCUGUCGGCCAGCAGCCGGCUGUGGCAGGAUGCCGCGAGCAUCCUCAGGUUCAGCUCCAGGAAUUGCCACAUCGCUCUCAUUAGCAUUAAAACCAACCUCCCUGGUGAGCAGCUGUGUCCAGCUGUUGAUGCAGUGCUCAACCUUGUGAAUGUGAAAUUCACCACCAUGACUUCCGAGAUCCCUCUUGGGACCGCUGGGACCCUCCAGUACGCUGUGCUGAACCCCCCGCUGAUGAGUGAAACUUUCACAGAGCUGGAUUUGAAGACCGUUCUCCACCAAAGGGAGGGAAAGGAGGUUGACCUUCCCACGGACCAGCCGUCUCUUGCUUCUCUGCCAGCAAAGAGGGAUGCUACUGCCCAGCUCAUCCUGUCUGCAAACUUCUUGAGUGCUGAGCUCUCUAGUCUGCAGGUGUCCUUCAACCUGGAGAUCAGCAAUAACGUGGUUCUUGGGCUUCCCCCACUGGUGACCACGAUGCUUGGAGCCCUCAUCCCUGAGGUUUCCAGGGUGCUGCCUCCAUCACAGCCAGUGGCGACUGAAAUGUGAGGAGCAAAAGCACCAGUGGUGACCAUAACCCCGGACAAAAGCUUUGUGCAGCUCUUCAGCACUGCCGAGUUUCGGGUUUCCCCUUCAGACCCUGCUCCCAAAUCCCUCUUUGUCCUGGAUGUUCACAGCAGCCUGGAGGCACAGCUUGCCGUUGCAGAAGAAAAGCUGGGGCCCUCCCUCGCUCUGCAGAGUCUGGCUCGGCUGGCCUUGGCUUCCUCCUCCCUCGGGAUGUUUGAUGAGCCUCCGCUGAAAGGAGUUUUGGCAGAUGUUAUUUACGUGGCUUACGUGCCAUCGAUCAACAGAAAGGGUGCUGCGCAGAGGGGUCCCCUGCUCGACCUGCUGGGCAUCACCCACCGAGGGACGAACACCAGGGGGUUCGAGGUGAUCUGA